CAGUCUGCAGCUAGACUACUUUGGCUUUUUUUGACAGAACACCUGGUUUAUAUAGCGUGACAUAAACAUGUGAGUCAUACUGGGAAGUGAAUCCAGUUGAGUGUAACAUUGUCACUGACAGUAGCUAGGUGUUGAAAAAACAGACUCUGAACCUAGCGUGUUGGCUACGAAGCAUAGUAUUCCAUCCUACACUGUACUGCUAAAUGAACACCUCAAUGGAUCAGUUGAGCCAGAACGUGUUCGAAUCAACAAAUGACAAAAGUAAAAUGGAUGAUAAAAACAUAGAAAAUGAAGCUGGAAAUCUGGCAGAGGUCUCUGAAACAUGCACUGAAGAGGUUACAUGUCAAUUCUUUAUCAAGGGGCGCUGUAGAUUUGGGGAAAAAUGCAGAAAUUCUCAUACAAAUAUAUCUGAAACAACCUUAUCAGCACCUGCCAAAUCCACUAAAACUGGAAAAGUGAAAACAUCUGAGCCAAAGGGUAAGAAACCACCAAUGAAAACAGCUUUAGAUGUGAUUUCCAGAAUUCGGUGGGAUGCAAUGUUACCAAAGGAAUGUUUUUCAGUGGGAUAUCUUGAUCGAUUUUUGGGUAUUAUUGAAAAGCCAUUUUCUGCUUUUUCUUGGGAUGAUUUGGCAUCUGUAAGUUAUGAUGUUCUUGCUAUACCCAAACAUCGUAUUCAGUACUUCAAAUUCAAGGAUUUAGUUGUGUGGGACAAAAGUACACGCACAGAUAAUGUGUUUGGUUCAGCAGGAAGUGGUAUGACAAUACUGGAUGUUAUUGAGAAAUAUGACUCUUUGUUGCAGACAGAAGAGCAUUAUGUACCCACAAACAAAAUUGAGCCUAAAGACUUAGAAGAAGAGUUAAACUUUAUGGAGACUGAUGAACAAACCAACGAAUGUAGCAGUCAUAGGGACAGUGCUGAAAAAUUGAGACCUAGCCACUUUAUAGCAGUUCGCAUUAGCAGUGAAGAUGUGAAAAGCUCUGUAAAACAGAUACAAAAUCUAUUACUAAAAAAUAAUCCAGAAUUUGCCGAAUUUUGUUCACCUUUACCAACCCUUCAUUUAACAUUGUGCCUCCUGUUUUUAAACAGUCCAGAAGAAAUUCAAAGUGCUUUGUUAGCUCUUCAAGAAUUUAAAUCUGAGCUUCAAAGAAUACUUCCUCCAAGCCUCAUACUUGGUUUUGAAGGCCUAAAGGAUUUUCAUUCGCAUGUACUUUACUUGGCACCAUCAUCAAUAACAGAGUUAUCAAAGUUUGCAGAUACUCUAAUUCCCUAUUUUUGCAGCAAAGGUUUAAAAGUUAUACGUUCAACAGAUACCACUAAUUUUCAUGUUACAAUUGCAAAAAUACCCAAACACGCUUUAAAAAGAAAUCCUAGCCUCCUUUUCCCUCAGGAGAUUUAUGAAAAUGAUCACAAACAUUUCGGAGCACAGCAGGUUGAUAGUCUUAGUUUUUGCUAUGCUGGUAGUUCAAGACGUACUGAUGGCUUCUAUACAACACUUAUGGAAUUAUCAUUAUAUUGAACUGAAUUAUUAAUUGAAUACAGGGCUCGAGAUGCACCUGGCUUUCAACCCCCAACAUACCAGUGUUCCCCCCACUUGGCACCUGAAAUGUAGCCCCAAAUUUCAGAGAACAUGCAAUUUUAAGCAACUUUCUAAUUUACUCCUAUUAAGUUUUGUUUGUUCUCUUACUAUCUUUAUUUAAAAAAGCAGGAAUGUAAAGUUUAGGAGCUGGACCAUUUUUGGUUCAGCACCUGGGUAGUGCUUGUUGAUUGGUGGCUAAAUGUAGCCACCAAAAAGCAAGUGCUAUCCAGGGUUCUGAACCAAAAAUUGGCAGGCUCCUAAACUUUACAUUCGUACUUUUCAAAUAAAGAUAGCAAGAGAAUGAAAAAUAGGAUUAAAUUAAAAGUUACACGCUCUAUCUGAAACAUGAAAGGAAAACAAAAUCUGGGUUUAGUAUCCCUUUAAGGAGCAGUGCGUUCCGCUGUUCAUACAAACUGCUACUCCUAAGUUUCUAAAUCUCUGAAAAUCUGAGACACCCUUCUGGCUGCGCUUCUGCAUACUAAUUGACUUAACUUUACUCACUAACUGGAAAUUCUGAUCAUUUGGAGCAAAAAGUCCCAUUAUUUUUUCUGUCUGUGGCUGAAAGCAGUUUACCUUUGCUGCCAUCUGCUGGACAUAAUUAUUAAACUCUUCAAGACACUGCUUUAGCAAUAAAAUUAUGAAGAGUG